AUUUUAGCGGGCUGCGUAAUAAUGAUCUAUUCUUGUAGUAACCGAGCAAUAAACACGUUUCGCAAAGUAUUAUAUUAUUAAAAAGUUUAGCAUUGACUUGUUUUCUUGCAACUUUAAUGAUUUUGAUGCUUAGUGACAAAUUCUGGCCUUUUUUUGUUCAACGUCGCGCUGACGCUUGAUUUCAAGGUUAGGCUUUCGUGUACUUUGUCAUGGGAAAGUGUUGUUAGAAUAUUCCUUUGAAGCUCGAAGGAUAUAUUUUGUGUGUGAAGGAAACAGUUGACGAUCAUGUCGCGAAUCACUCGGAGCAGGCAAGUCGGGACAUGUAAGGCAGAAACAGUCGGUGCUAAAAAUGCAAGGCAAACAACAGCUGGAGUUAACAGUGCAAAGAGCAAGGUAAGAACGAAUGCGAAGAAAAAUUUUGUGGAUGAAAACGCGGUACCUCCUAAGCAGGUACAAGACAAAAAACCAAUUACAUCUCUGCUGGGCUCCAAAUUGCAUUCAGUUGGAGACAAUAAUCGAUCGAGUGAUACCGAAUCAGUCUUGAAAUCACCUGCUUUGAGAGACAGAACCAACACAACUAAUGAGAUAGCUAAUGAUAAGAUGAAUGAAGUUCAUACAAAGAAAAAAAAUCAAGUAAAAUCAAAAAUGAGCAGCAAAACCGAUACCAAGAGAGUUGUAAGGAAAGCGGAUCAGAAAACAGAACCAGAUGUUCUCAGUAAAUUGGACAGUGUAAGGUGUGUUAAUGUAACAGUGGCCAAUAAUAAAAAGUGUAGUAAUAAAGAAAUUGAAGAUAUACUCAAUGAAAAUCAAGAAAUGAAUAUUUGCAGAGCAAAAUUGAGCGAUGGCAAAAUGUCAAGUAAAGUCACUCAAAUACCUGUUGUUAAAGUAGAUCGAUUAGAAACGGCAAAACAAGUAAUGGAUAAUCUAAAAAAUUCAAAGAAAAACAGCAUGCUAAGAAAGAAAAAUAUGUCAAUGGAAGAAGUAGAAGGUUUAUUAAAUGAUGAUGAUAACGAAGAAGCAGGUGAAAUUGAAACAAAUACCAGGGAUACUGAUUCUGAGCUCGAGGAUAAUCAAAAAAAUGACCCUAAAAUACAAUCUGAGGGCAGUGAUUCUCAUGAAUCACAAGAAAACUUGCCUAAUGAAGAGGAAGCAGGAAAAAUUCAGAAAAAUAAAAAAUUCUUUAGGUACAAGCAAAUUAAAGUGAAGGAAGGAAAGUCCGCUACUACUUCUAAAAGACCACGCAGACAAGCUGCCUGUAAGAAAGCCAAGAUGGUUGAUGAUGAUGAUAGUGAUCUUGAUGUAAUAAUGAAGGUAGAUAAGCAACCCACAGAGCCUUCGAAGAAAAAUCUUCGCUGUCAGGCGACUAAAAAUUACUGUGAACUAUCUCAGAUAAUGCAAAGUUCUAAUUUGACUACCAUAAAAGAAACAGAAAAUGAAAAAGUGGUUGAUAAGGAAGCUGAAGGUAGUCAUAAAAAUCAUUUGCCAAUUUAUAAACAAGAAUUAAAGUUAUCUCAAGAAAAUAUCAGGGAUAAAGAAGAAAUUUACGAAUUUCCUGAUAAUUCUCAAGAAAAAGUAGAAAAAGUUAAAAAGAAAAAAAAAGUAGUAAAAAGACCAGCUGUGAAACGCCCUAAAAAGGUUGCCAGUACAAAACUUGUUGCAGCUGAGAAGAAGUCGAAAAAACUUACUCAUCAAGUUCCUCGAACUGUACAAUUUAAAGAAAAUGGAAUAAUGAAAGGUAAUGAUCUUCAGCCUAAAGGUAAUAUUAACACUGUUAUGUCCAACCGAGCAGUUCCAAAAGAUAUACCUAACAUAGAAGGAGUUGGAGAGAUUCCAACAAUUAAAAUCAUAUCUUGUGAAAAGUUGGAUGGAAGUAAGAGAAUCAAUUUAAUGACAACUCCAAAUAUACCCAAAACGAUAAAUUCUGAACUAAAACUUUUUGGUCCUACUAAUGCUAUAACUUCAAAACCCAAAUCUUCUUUCAACAAUAUGAUGAAUCAUUCGCUGAUUAGGCAAUCCAUGUCACCCAUUGUCAAAUGUAAUAACAACGAUGAUUUUGAUGAUGGUAGUCCUUGGAGACCAAUAGAUGCUUUUUCUCGUGUUAAUAGAGUUGUGCAAAGCACACCUCAAAUUAUAAGGCCACCGUUUAAUAGAGGGAAAAAAUUACCUAUCCCAAUGCCGUUGAAGGAAAAAUCGAUUUGCUCAAUGGAUACAAUCCACAUUUCAUCCGAAAAUCCUGAUGGGUCAGUUCAAGUAAAUAAAACUAAUGCUCCAGAAACAAAGACCUCAGUGUCUCCUAGGAAAUUUGGAACUGUAAUCUCAAAUACCAAUCCUCUACAGAGUCAAUCUCAUGAGAGUAUAUAUGAUGCCAAAACUGUGAUUGAUAACAGCAAAAAAACAUCAACAGUUCAGGGAUUCUCUAUGCAGACAACAAUUAAUGAUAAUCAACCGUCGCCAGCAAAGAUCACUUCUCCACAAAGUGCAUUUGCAGAACAACCGACAUGUAAUGAGCUUUCUGCUGCUGUUGGUAAGGAAAAUACACAAGAAAGUCCAAGUAAGCAAAAUAAUGAAAAUGACGAGAUUCCCGUGAGGUUUCAACAAACAAAAACUUUCGAAAAACCAACGAUUGAAAAACGUUACCCUGUAAAACUAAAACAAACGAAUCUAAAUGCAUUUCUUAAUCGAAUUGAAAUGCCAGAAAGCACAUGCAUAUCUACCCCUCACGGUAUCUUUGACGAUAUACCCGCCUCGCCAAGAAAGCCGAAAAAAUUGAAGGAGCAAAAUGUUGAAUUCAACGCAAAAAAUGCCUUUGGUUUCGAUGAUGAUGAUGAUGAUACGACGGACGAAAUACUCUUUGUUGAAUCAGCACCUCACUCGAAAAUUGUCACAGAAGAAGAUGUUAAAUCAAGUGUAAAAGGGAAAGUGUUCACCAAUGCUAGAGUGAAGUCAGCUAUGUCAGUAAAGGCUUCAAAGAAAAAAGCCAAUAAAAAACCUUUGCUGAAAGCUGUUUUGAAAAAGAAUAGAAAGCAGGAAGAAAUGACCACUGAAAAUUCAGAUGAUAGUAGUUGUAGCACUAGUAGUGAUGCAGUUAAAGAGACCGAAAAGACAAAAAACAAUGCGGCAAACGACAACGACCUAGAGCCGAAACAGAAAGAACUCUUGAAUGCCGUAUCGUUUUCAGAUACUUUCGACAUCAUCUCAGAGAAUGAAGAUUUAAAAUCUAAAAUACCUGAAGAAGUUCCUUUGUUUGUGGAUUUGGAACCAGUUCAUUUUUCAAAGCCUCCAAGGCGGUCAUACCAGAAACGCAAACGAGAGGUUCACAAAGGUGAAAACAAAGAAAGCGACGAUAGCGACGACGGAGAACGCAAAAAAUUAUUGAAAGCAAGAAAGAAGAAGAAGGAUAAUUUAAGUAAAGAGGAUCGAAAGCGAAUGAAUCAAUGGGUCAAAAGCAUUAAUGAAACGUUUGAGGAAAUAGAUCAUUUUGAUCUAGUGGUCGAGUAGAUUUUGUAUAUUUAUUCUGGACAAUAUGUUUAAACGCCAAUGAUUCAGAAACAUUGUGAUCGCCUUCAAAAUCAGUCCCUAUGUAUAUAUUGAAAUUCUCCCAGAUACUGUAAAUAAUUCAUUUAAACUAUUUCAUUUUACGUAAUUGUAAAAAAGUAUUGUAAACUGUAAUAAUUUUGAUAUUAUUUUAUCAUUAAGUAUGCUUUAUCAAAUGUUUCGUCAAAACUUGCGUAAUUUUGAAAAUCGCCAACUUUCAUGGCGCGUAAUUUAUUUUGCGCUCCGCAAUGGCUUUAAACAUCCAAUAUAUUAUUUGCUUGCCACGUUAAUUUGUAUCCUUCGAAAGUUUCAAAUUAAGUUCUUUGAAAUGUCUCAUAAUAUUAUAAGUUGUUAAAACUUUUAUCCUUUUUUUUUUUUUUUUCUAUGCAUUGAAUGUACAAGUAUUGAUCAAGAACCCAUUAACUCUGACAAAAACUUUGAAAGACACGGAAUUUUCAGCAGCUACUGGCCUGAGUAGAAAUUUUCUUUGAGAAAUCUGUUUUCCGUGCUAAAGUUUUGUACAAAAACGUAUUCCAGAGGAAAUCAACCUCGUGUAUUCCUAUUAUAUAUGUUCAGAUCCGCACGUAACAAUAGAUGCAAAAAAUUUUGUUUAAUUCCAUAUAAGAGAAAUCAA